GUAAGUCCUACACAAAGUAAUAGAAAUCACACAGGGAAAGAGAACUUUCGUGGGGUCAGAGCACGAGGAUAAAUAGAGAGCAUCGAGCUCAAUUAUCUUAUUUGUCGUACACAGUCGUCCGUCGACUGAUGAAGUAAGGUUUUUCGCCAUGAAGCCGAAUAUUAUUUCAUUCCUUCUUGGUGUGCUGUUUAUUCAAAUUUUUCUCCACGAAAAUUCUGCGAGAGUUCAACGUAAACGCAAAGAGAAAACACCGACUUGUGGUUAUCAGACAUGUCCCAAAGUGGAUUCUGAAAAAUUGAAUAUACAUUUGGUACCCCAUACUCAUGAUGACGUAGGAUGGCUAAAGACCGUUGAUCAAUACUAUUUUGGGAGUCGCUCUUCCGUUCAAAAGGCUGGCGUGCAGUAUAUACUGGAUACAGUUGUACAAGAAUUGUUGAAAGAUCCUAGUAGAAGAUUCAUUUAUGUGGAAACAGCUUUCUUAUGGAAAUGGUGGUCAAACCAGGAUGAAACAGUACGCGAUCAAGUUCGGUCGUUGAUCAAUCAAGGUCGACUUGAAAUCAUUAGUGGUGGAUGGAGUAUGAAUGAUGAAGCAGUCACUCAUUAUAAUUCCAUUAUCGAUCAAUUUUCUUGGGGUCUAAGACGACUGAAUGACACUUUCGGAUCCUGUGCAAGACCUCACAUUGGCUGGCAGAUUGAUCCCUUUGGACACUCAAGAGAACAGGCAUCCAUAUUUGCGCAAAUGGGAUUCGAUGGGUUAUUUUUUGGUCGACUAGAUUAUCAAGAUAAAACAAAACGGCUCAAUGACAAAACUGCGGAGUUUAUAUGGAAAGCCAGUCCGAAUUUAGGUGAAAAGGCUGAUCUGUUUACCAAUGUACUUUACAACAAUUAUUCUCCACCUCCAGGAUUUUGCUUCGACGUACUUUGUGACGAUGAACCAAUGAUUGAUGACCCUGAAAGCCCUGACAAUAAUAUCGAUACACGAGUGGUGCUGUUUCUGGCUUUUGCUCAAAUUCAGGCAAGGUUCUACAAGACCAAUAACAUUAUUCUCACUAUGGGAGAAGAUUUUAACUAUCAAAAUGCAGAAAUGUGGUUCGUUAACUUGGAUAAGCUGAUUAGAUACACAACUGAACGUAAUGGAUCAACUGUGAAUGUUUUCUACUCAACACCAUCGUGCUACUUGAAAGCAGUAAAUGACUUGAAUUUAACUUGGCCAACAAAAACUGAUGACUUUUUCCCAUAUGCAAGUGAUCCUAAUGCAUACUGGACUGGUUACUUCACAUCAAGGCCUACAAUAAAGUUCUUUGAAAGAAUAGGAAAUAAUUUCCUGCAGGUGUGUAAGCAAUUGUCAGUAUUGGCAAAUCUCCAGUCAGUUGAUAAAAACUUGGAAGAAUUUCGCGAAGCAAUGGGAAUAAUGCAGCAUCAUGAUGCUGUAACUGGAACGGAAAAGCAAAAAGUUGCCAACGAUUAUGCUCGAAUUUUGUACAAGAAUAUGUAUCAAGGAGAUGACAUAGUAUCCAGUUCGUUGAGCAAAUGGAUACUCAAGAAUAAGAAUGAAAAUUCAAGUCCUGUGCAAUUCCAUUCUUGUUUAGAAUUGAAUAUUAGUUCUUGCACUUACACCGAGGAGAAUACAAAUUUUGUUGUCACCCUGUACAAUCCACAAAGUCAGCCAGUUACUACUUAUGUUAGAUUACCAGUUCAGGGACAGUCUUACUCUGUAAAAGAUUCUACUGGUACUGAGCAGAAAACACAAAUUGUACCCAUUCCAACACCAGUAAUAAACAUUCCAGGCAGAAAAAGUAAGGCGACAGUGGAAUUGGUUUUUGCAGCUAUUAAAAUUCCAGCCCUUGGUUAUCAAUCUUAUUACAUCAGUGAAAAUAAUGCUGCGCAACAUGUACAUUUAAGUCAUGCGACAAUAAAUUCCUCAAUGGACAGUGCACUCUUCAAUAUAACUGUUAAUGGAAAUGGAAAUGUUAUUGUACAAGAUAAACAUCAAGAUAUUGAAUAUACGCAAUCUUUCCAUUACUAUGAAGGUGCAGAGGGUAACAAUAAAGUAUUUCUUAAUCGAUCGUCCGGUGCGUAUAUCUUCAGGCCAAAAACAUCGGAUAUAAAAAAUUUGACAAACACUGGUUCUCAUAAAAUUUACAAAGGCCCAUUGGUGGAUGAAAUGCAUAUAACAAUAAAUGAUUGGAUCAGUCAAGUUGUCAGAGUGUACAACAAAGAAAAUUUCCUUGAAUUUAAUUGGCUCGUGGGGCCAAUACCUGUAGGCGAACACAUUGGCAAGGAAGUAAUAACAAAAUACUCAAGUAACUUGAAAACCAACAAAAUCUUCUAUACAGAUAGCAAUGGUCGAGAAAUGAUAAAACGUAUUAGAGACUUCCGUCCAACAUGGGACGUGAAAAUUGCUGAGCCAGUAUCUGGAAACUAUUAUCCUGUGACAUCAAAAAUAUUUAUCAAUGAUAAGAAAAGGUCACUGAAGCUGAGUGUCUUGACUGAUCGAUCUGAAGGGGGUACCAGCCUGAGGGACGGAGAAAUUGAAUUGAUGGUUCACAGAAGAUUACUCAGUGAUGAUGCUUUUGGAGUAGGAGAACCGUUAAAUGAAGAAGCUUUUGGCACAGGACUGGAAACAAGGGGGCAACAUUAUGUAAUCGGAGGUAGAGCCAGCGACGUAUCUUCUAUUGUCUUAAAAGAGAAGAAACUAGCUCAGAAAUUAGCACUGCGUCCAUGGACAUUUAUUACACCGGUCGAAGAUAUAACUUUUGAGCAGUGGAGUGAUGCAUAUAACAUGGAAUAUUCUGGUAUCUCCAAAGCAAUACCAGCCAAUAUACAUAUUCUAACAUUGGAGCCGUGGAAGAGUAAUAGUAUUUUGCUCAGACUGGAGCACAUUUUUGAAAUUGGAGAAGAUCCUCGUUAUUCACAACCGACUGAAAUAAAUAUUCAAGAUUUGUUCUCUACGUUCAGAAUUGUUUCUGUGCGUGAAACGACCUUAGGUGGAAAUCAAUGGAUAAGCGAGCUUAAUCGUCUAAAGUGGAACGUCGAGUCUAAUAACAUUAUAAAUAAUCAAAGUAAUUAUGUGCAAGAAAUUAAUCAAGAUGGCGCGAUUAAUGUACUAUUAAAACCAAUGGAAAUCCGUACAUUCAUUGUGGAGGUUGCUGCUAAAUAAAAUAAAUGAUUAAUUAGUGUAUAGGAUAUAUUUUUAAUAAUAAGAAUUCUAUUAGGCAAUGUAAUUGUUUAUGAUUUUCACUGUAUGAAUUCAAUAAAUGUAUUUCAAGAUGGA